GGUCAAACUGAAACUCUACUGCUACAUGGGCGUAGGUCUGCGCCCGCCCACUGCCUCGCUCUGGUCCCCACAGCCACCCACUAUUACGUCAGGCAGGGAAGCCAGUCUAUUUCCUCCCCCUUCUUUAUCUAAAGGAAGUGCCAAAAUAAGCACCGGCGGCGGAGCGGCCGAGCACCUUUCCCACUGGCCACUGAGUCGCCGUCUGAGGAAGAAGUCGCAGGAGCUUAACGCCCGCAGAAUCAACAUGAAGCCCUCCGGUGUUCUCGUGCUCUCCCUGCUCGCAUCCCUCCAUGUCUUCACACCAGGUGUGAGGCUGCAGACGACACAACCAACAAGCCCACCAGGAACAACCGCAAACCAAACAACACCGACGCAGAACAAGACAGCGUCCACAGCAGCGACCUCUUCAUCCACCACCGCAGGACCAUCAGGCAAAACAUCAGCCACAACAGCAGAACCAACAACACCAACACAAUCACCUCCAGCAGAAAUCCAACUAGGUUCAACCACAACACAAAGAGAUGCAACACCGACGCAGAACAAGUCAGCAUCCACAGCAGCGCCCUCUUCAUCCACCGCCACAGCCCAUCAUGUCACCAGCCCGAUUCCUGAGAACGGAAAACCUGAGCAGAAAACCCAUCAACCUGGGAGGACCACGACUUCCUCCGCAGCAUCUUCAGGCGGCACGAACGGCACCAGCACAGCUGAAAACAAGACAGACAAUCAAACUUUGACACCAAACACUCCUCUCGAUUCUAACACAGAGAAACCCAGAGAAACUGCACCUGCAGCUACAGCAGAGAAUGGCCCAGGUUCCCACUCUGGCAGUGAACAAAGAGUCCAAUCAGACAAAAGGUGGUGGUGGAUUCUGCUGCCCAUCGGCCUCGUGGGAGCUGCUGCUAUCAUUGUCAAGUUCAAAAGCAAGAAGGUCCACGUUAACUCGGAAACCGUCGAUAUUGGAACUGAGAACGCAUCUUUCCAGAGCAGACCCGAAAGCGCCAAAGAUGGUGUCAUGCUCCUCGGGGUGAAGUCAUCGGGUGGAGAAGACAAUGCUUCUGCGAGAUAAAAAAAAGAAGGCCGGCAACAUCCAGAACGGCCAGCGGUUGAGUCACACCUGUCGCCCACGCACCAAAUGGCUCAAGGAACAGUUCAGAUGUUUGAUUUUGUGAAUAUAUUGUGAAGGAGAAAAGUCUGCAUGAUUCUGUGUUGAACGCAUUUCUGUUUUUGACUGUGAUAAUUGAUCUCAGAUUAAGUGAACUUUUAGUUUCAACUACGAUAUCCUCCUACAUACAGUUAAUCUUUGAGUUGAAAAUAUGAGAUAAAUACUUUAAUAAAUGAACCACUCCCUGUGGACGUGAGUGAAUGAACUGCGCAUCCUCGACUUCAGUGUUCUGUUGAUGAAGAGAAACCUAAAAACACGUGAGGGACUAUAAUGCUUGAUGUAAUGUAAUGCAUCACCGUCCCUUUUCAUGGUUUUGUUUGUGUUGUUUCAUCAUGUAUGUGCCUUCAACUGUAACGGCAAGAAUAGAUUUGUUGGGUUUUCUUUGUGUGCCAUUACAGACGGCAGUUGAACUGAGGUUCUGAGCUUCAGAGGUGUGCUGCUUUUUACUUUUCAUGUGUUUCAGUGAAGUGUUUCGCAUUACGUUGUUAAAUAUUCCACCAUGCUUCUCCACUGGCAAAGUAUUUUAAACCCCCACCGUUUUCCUUGUAUGUCAGUGGUAUAAAUUCACCAUCAUUUUUUGUGUGUAACAAUUGAAGCACAAGAAACUAUUUUCAGUUGUAUUUAAAGACACCGUAACUGCUUCAUGGCUGGACUUUGUUGUUUUACACCUCAACAUCCUCAAUAAAUCACUAAAACAGUUCA